AUGGUAAUGGGAAUUUCAUCGUCUCCCAAUACAUUUGUUAAAAGCAAUGGUGUUUUAACUAGUACUAGUAGUGGUAUUAAUAAUAACACUGCUCCAUCUUCCUGUUCACUGGAUACUGUACGUACACAAUUCUUCGCAUGGUCGUGUCGUUGGUUUACUCGCCCACUUUUAUCCACCUAUGGACAGUUAAAUGAUGAUACAAAACUGAAAAAUCAUGAAUUAUCCAAGUCAUCUGGUAUGGAUCAUGAAUUAGUUUCAUUGGGAACAAUCUCUGUUGAUCCAGAUGCAGUUGCUUAUACAGAUCGUGUGAAUCGAUUAAGAAAACAACGAAAACUCUCUCAUCUAGGUCGGAUACAAUGGGAACUUGUUGCCGGUGAAAUCUCUUGUGCUAAUACACCGAUGACAAAUGCCAGAAGUGUUUCCAGUGAUCAUGGUGCUCAUAAUAAUAUGACCAGAAGUCGUAUUAGCCUACGUAGUAGUGACAGCGGUGGCAGUACUACAACUAAUUCCCUCAGUAGUGGUUAUCUUCAUCCGAUUGCCUAUUAUAACUAUAAUGUUAGUAGCAAUACUACUGUUAGUAAUACUGUCAGUAGUAUACCAACACAUGUGAAAUUUCAUCCAUAUCAACCACAUUUAGUUGUUGUUGAUUCGAAGAAGGGUGUUGCAAUACAUUCAUCAAAGAAUUUAGAUCAUUUACAUUCUAUCCAUACACCUGUUUCAUCGAAUUCCCUAUUUCCGGAGUUGUCAUUAUCAUCGUCAUCAUGUGUUGAUGGGUACCCACGUGUUGCUUGUGUUACCGAUGUGGAGUUUAUCAAUGCGGCUGAAGAGCAAAGUUUACUUUUAACAGCUUCAGACGAUGGAUAUAUACGUGUAUGGCGUAACUAUACGCAUAAUCUUGGACAGGAUCCAGAAAUACUUACUGCUUGGAUCGGUAUUACAGAUUUAUAUCAAACUGAUUAUCCAAUUGGUGUUGUUGUACAUUGGAAUCAACAAGCGAAUCAAUUGUCUGUCUCAGGUGAUACCCGAACAAUUCGUAUAUGGGAUUGUAAUUGUGAAUCAAGAUUGAGAGAUUUAAAUACUGGUGCAGACACCUCUGUAACAUGUCUUACACAGAGUGAAGAUAAUAAUUUACUUGCAGCUGGGUUCAAUGAUGGAGGUAUACGUGUCUGGGAUUUACGUUUACCAUCUGUUCAUAAUAAUGAUAAUCUUGUCUUCAAUAGUCAGGCAGAUUCAGAUCGAAUAUAUAAGGUGAUUUUCUCACCUCUGAAUCGAUUAUAUGCUGUUGGUGCUAUGGGUGGGAUUGGAGCAUGGCAGUUAUCUUCACCAACUGGUAGUGGUAGCACUUGCAAUACUUCUACUUCUGGUACCUGUAUUAAUAAUGGUCGUAACAGUUUUUCACAUCAUCCACGUAGAUGUAUAUCAACAGCGGUUAGAUCAUCAUUAAGUUCUACCAAUGGUAUUCAUAAUGACAAUGCUAGUAGUAGUAGUAGUAGUAGUACAACUCGACGAUUUCGACGACUUCCUUGUCCACCACGUUUAUCUCUACCAAUGAAUUCAUCAGUUAAUUGCGCUGAUUUACUUGUCAAUCUAUCAUCUCCGCAUGCACAUCUUACAUUAGCUGGUAUUCGAGGUCAGUCAAGCAUUUCCCUGCAUCGUAUUCAAGAUGGAAGUUUACACUCUUCAAUCAAACAUUAUGGUCACCUGAGUCGAGAACAAUUUGGCACACCUACAUGUUGUGCAUUUCAUCCAAAUGAGUCACCUUCAUGUUCAUUCGUUAGGAUGUGA